AUGAAGGCUGAAGAAACUUUAAAUCAUCUCAUUAUUGAUUGUGAUUAUUCGAGAUCUGUCUGGUUAGGUAUGCAUGUAAAUGUUUCAGUCUUGCAAACACAGCACAUUCAAGUUAAAGACUGGAUACUAUCUUGGUUCCAACAACACAGCACUGUAACUACUCAGGAAUUUUCUAACUGGAUUGCAAUGGCAAUGAUAACAGCUUGGUUCUUGUGGAAAAACAGAUGUCUAAAAGAGUUUGAUAAUAAAAACCAAAGUAUAUGUUCAACAAUAUUUUAUAUUAAAAACAUGUUGAAAUAUUGUACUGAUCAGUAUAACCAAAGCAGUACCCACAUUGAUGCUCAUUGGUCUCCACCUGCUUCUGAAGAACUAAAAAUAAAUAUGGAUGCUUCAUUUGAUCGUGACUCUUCAUAUGUUGGAAUUGGUUUAAUCCUCCGUAAUUCUACAGGUACCUGCGAAAGCAUCAGAGGGAGACUCUUCCAUGGAGGAAUAGAUCCUGAGCAUGCGGAAUGCCUGGAUUUUAAAGAAGCGAUACAUUGGGCAACGAAAAAGGGUAUGCAGAAAGUAACUUUUGAAGGUGACUGUCUAAAUGUCAUUAACUCGGUAAAACAUGCCAAAUCCUCAGUUCACUGGAUGAAUGAAGGACUUGUAAAUGAAAUAAAGCAUUUGUUAUCAAAAAUUUCUUGGUGUAAUGUAAAUUGUGUAAGAAGACAAGAAAACAGUGUGGCGCAUGUAAUUGUAAAUGAAGCUAGAACUGGUAGACGUUCUUUUGAAUAUCAUUGUAAUAUUCCUGAUAUCUUUAUGAAAUAA